AUGGCGUCGAUCCGGCGGACGCUGUCCCCUGCUCGUGAUCUGACCCGCCAAGAACCCUCGUCUCCUCAUUCGCAGCAGCAGCAGCAGCCUCCUCAUAGAUCAUCCCCCCUCUCUUCCUCGUCCACGGCCCCGCUUCAGCGUUCUCCUCCCCAUUCUCUUAUCGGGAACCUUCGGCGGUUAAUGGCGAAGGCCGUCUUUUCCCAGCGGCAGCCGGCCCUGCCCCAAGCGGCGCGUAGGUGGUCCCAGCAUCAGCCACCUUGGAAGAGACCAUUGAUGCGGUUCUCACUAUGCUUCGUCCUUGGAUUUCUGCUUGGCUUUUCGCCAUUUUUCCAUCUCGAUGGUAUUAGACCCGUCGACCCCUCCUCCUUUGAUAGCGGAGCCCCUUUCCCUUUCCGCCGGAAUACUGACAGUAGCGGCGGCGAUGCCGACCGUGACCCGGGCACAACUAUGCAACGAGAUCUCUUAGGGAAGGGCGUUCCUGAUGUUGCCAAGCAAAGCUACCUAGCUGGUGAAGCUACGGAAACAAGCGAAGGGAGGAUCGUGAGAAUUCGACUUGGCGCCAAGACCAAGGAAGUCGAAGAAUCCCUUCCAUCCCCGGGAAAUCUGCUCAUCGUAGUCACCCCUACGUACAACCGCGCUUUCCAGGCAUUAUACUUGACCCGGUUGGGUCAGACACUAAGACUUGUCCGGCCUCCUCUCCUGUGGAUCGUUGUAGAAAUGGAGAAAGGUUCUGCAGAGACUGCCGAGCUGCUCAGGACGACGGGCGUAAUGUACCGGCACCUUGUAGCAGCGAAUAACCUCUCGGACAUCAAAGACAGGGGUGUCCACCAGCGUAACACUGCCCUAGAGCAUAUCGAACGCCAUCAUCUGGACGGCAUAGUGUACUUUGCGGAUGAUGACAAUAUUUACACGAUCGAACUCUUUGAACAUAUCAGGGAAAUCAGGUAAGAAUUUAUCUAUUCUGUCGUCAUUGUCUGUGCUGUCCUAAAUGUUCUCCUGGAAGUGACAUUCCAUGUGGAAUACUGAUAUAGAUAUGUUACUGAAUUGCAACACGGCGUGAUCUAUCUUUAGUCAUAUAGAACAGAUAACAUUUUAGUGUCUGUUUGCUUUUCUGCUCAAUUCCUUGUGGUCUCAUUUUACCAGUCUCUUAGUUGUUAUAAAUGUCAAAAUAUCUACUUUUAGGAUGUUCAUAUGAGAGUCAUGUAAAAGAAAUAUGUGAGAGCUUAUAUUAACCCAGGGGAGAGAUGUAUGGACUUACUCAUGUUGAUUUAUGAUAUAUCUGGAGUAUAGUAGGAGACUAAGAUUUAUAUCCAUCCCUAGAUUGUUGAAUGAUAGUCAGGUUGAGAAAGUCAGUAGUAGAUCUUUCACGAAGGGUGACUGCAAAAGUAGCAAUACUAUUCCUCAGGUCCUGAAUGACGAAGUAAGACUGCACUUCUCAGAAAGAGAAGACGUUCUCUGGUCAGCUGAUUAAAAUGGGACUAGCGAGAGACAGUCAUUUCGGUUAUUAGGGUUAGACGCUCAUGAAUGAAAACCGAUGAUGUAUUUGGCAGGAAGCUUUUAGUACUUCAAGCUGAAUCCACCGCUGUUAUAAGAGCUCUCUUUAUUCUUGCAAAAUUUACAAACCGAAAUCCUGGAUACCAGUGGCUGUUUUUUGGAAGUAGAUUUGUUAACCAUGUGAGCAUAGAACUUUUAAUUUUUUGGGAGGUACUUGCGCUUGUCAAUGAUAGUGCAAGCUUCCUUGCUGCCUGGAGAAGCUUAUUGUUGUGUGGGCUUCCUGAAGAAAGGAACAAAUACACCUACACAUCUAAUACGAAUUUUCACAACAGCCUUAGGUGGGGAAUGAUUUCGUAACUAGAAGCUUCAAAGUGGUGGCAGUUUAAAUUGGGCUUCAAAAAGCUGGACGGGAUCAUGAAGAGUGCAUUGCUCAAAUAAUUAUGUACUCUGAUUGAUGUGAACCCUGGCAAGAGAUUUACACGAACCAUCGUAAAGAACUCAGAAACUUGACACAGAACAUACUAGAUAAGGCGAAAGCUGGAAUCAAGGUGUAUCAGAAAAAGAAAUAUGUCAAGAGAAGUGCAGAAGGUAGCAUUUACUGAGGAGAAGAAACAGCUGCAGUAAGGUAAAACAGAGAAGAGAGCCAUCCAGAGAAACUAAUAGGGGAAAAUUUCAAGUACUAAGGGCAGUAGAUGGUAAAAGAACGGGGGAUUUUUGGCUAUCAGAGAAGCAGAAAUGUUUUUAGAACAUAUAUACUUCAGAGAGGACGAGAAACAGCUUCACAUAGGUUAAAGCAGAUGAGAAACAUCAUGAAAUCCAAGUAUUCUGUAUGAUUAUGAUGAGAAGAAUGUAUAUAUUGACAAAUGUCCUAUCGUAACACAUUGUCUUCAAUCUGUUUUCCCUGUUUCUUCUCUUUGAUGAUGCUCAAGAAGAAGCGUUUCCAGGUUGUUUUGGAUCUAAAAGUUUUUGAAUGUGUUCUACAAAAUCAUUAACAAACCUCUAGAGUAUUCCUUGAGUUUAGUCAAAAAAAUAUUUGAAGAAAAUAUGCAUUUGUAAGUUUUGUUUACACAAGAACAUCACUCCUCUGUUUGGUAUAAUUUUUUUUUUGGAAUGGCUUGAAACAUUGAAUUUGGUGUGCAUAAUAUAUUCUUGUGAGGAACUUUGUGGAAUAUGAUGAUGGGUAGUGCUACUCCUGAUAGAUGAAUCUGUAUACUUGGCAAUCUGUAAGCUUUCGCAGGGUUCCCCAUAACUUUUCACGUUGCAUCUAAUGUUCUAUACUGACUGUGCAAAGUGGCUGAUAGCAGUGGAAAAAAGAAAUGAAUGAGGUCUUAAUUUAUUCAAUUUCCAGAGUUGCAACUGAAAUUGGAAUAUGGGACAUACUUGUUGUGGAACUUAGUGAUGAUGAAGAGUUGAACGCCUCUUUAGAAACACUUUCGUGGGUUUCAUUUUCAAACAUCGGUGAAGGUAAUUGUGGUUUACUUUUUUUCAUAGGAUGAGUCCAUAUUGUCUGAAUAGAAAACUAGAAAUUGGAUCUUGCAGACACCAUCAGGAAAUUGCAUCUGGACUUCUGCUGUUAUGUAGACUACUUAUAAAAUGUGGAGUGAUGGAGGCUGUGGGAUGAAGAUCAGGAUAUUUGGUUGCUCUCGCACUGCCAGUAGAAGGCCAUCUAUCGACCCUAAUUUAUGGGUUACAACAACAAUAUACCUAUAUUCAACAUUGAUGUUAGAGACUUAAAGUCAGGCAACAUUAAGGAAUAUAAAUCAGCCGGGCAACGGACUGUAAUUCAUGCGACUAUACCAAUUCUUUUAUUUUUUCUAUUCAUAAUAUUUAUCCCUAGUUUCGAUCCUGUGUGAUCUUUUGCCCAAAUAUAACAUUGACGUUCAUUACAUGUUAUUUGUAGUUUAUUUUUCUGAAGGUGGUGAAAAUUCCACUUGAAUUUCGAUUAUAGCUAUGGGCUACCUAUUUCUAGGUUGAUGAUGGUGGACUCUUCUGCAUGAAUUUCCAAAAUCCUUGUUUCAUAUCAAACAUGAUUUUUUAAUGAUUGAUGUAUACGACUAGAUCAUGGGUAACAGAACGUUGUUCUUUCUUGACUAACUGACCUAGUUUAUCCAGGAUAUUUCAGCCAUACCCUUUUCAUUCCUGUCAGCUAGUAUUUCCUAUUCCUUUUUUUCAGUAGAUAGUGUUUGCAAUCAAUCAAGGAGUUAGCUUGGAAAAUGAGGCCAACGCCAGACUGAUGCCCUUUCUGCAUUGUAUUUGGGUGACUUGCCUUAAUUACUUUUAGAUUCCUGUGAUUUUGCUGUGUGUCUCUUCUUUAUAUUUUCAGCCGUUUUGCAGACUGCUAUGCUCGCCAGUCGUGAGAGCCUAUUUGUAUUACAUCCUCUGAAGUACUUGUUGUGCGUAUUCAUAUGGUCAUUAGAAAGGGCAGCUUCCUGUGUUGAUGGACUGCAUUCUGGACAAUGCUUUCAUUUCUGUGAAAAUAAGUGAUCUUUAUAUCCAUUAAGCAUUAUUGUCAAACGUUUUUUUUAAUAUGUUUUUCCCCAUCUCUGAUCUAAAAACAAUCUGGAAAAGGCAAGUUUACUGUCGAGAAAAUGGACUUGCAAUAUUCAUAUAGAUUCAUUUGGAAUUCAAGUUUUGAGGUAUAGGAAACAUUGAAUUUCUUUUUCAUUUUAUCCCAUCAAUAAAAGACCAUAGAUGAUAAAGGAGACUAUCAUUCGGUCAAUUGAUGAAUCUUGAAAGUUAAGGGAAGGUUUGUUCCUGUUAAUUGGGAAAAAAAGAUUGGGAGGCAUUUGCUCCCGAUUCUCUCUCUUUCGUGCCUCAGAAGAGGUUGGAGUAUAAUUGUGCUCCCGGUUAUCUCAUUCCUGUCUUAAUGGAAAGCUAAUUUUUUUUCUUUUCCUUUGAAUGUCUUUUCUGAAGGAGGUUUGGCACUUGGCCUGUUGCGAUGCUUUCUCAGAGUAAAAACAAGGUAAUCCUAGAGGGUCCAGUCUGUAAUGGAAGUCAAGUAAUUGGUUGGCACACCAAUGAGAAGAGCAAGCGACUUCGAAGGUUCCAUGUUGAUAUGUCAGGGUUUGCAUUCAACAGCACCAUACUUUGGGAUUCCAAGAGGUGGCACCGACCCACUGCUGAGAGAAUUAGGCAACUUGAUACCGUGAAGGAAGGUUUUCAAGUGUGUCUUGCUCUUUCCUCAUUCUUUCUCCAUUUUUUUUCUACUUUUCUUACCAUUAUAGAUCCUCUUGAUUGUCUCUAGAUCGUCUUGAGAAUGUGACGUGGCAUUUUAGUUGAUUAGGCUUUGACCUGUUUUCUUUUGCAUGCUUACGUCUUGUGCAAUGACAAGUGAAAAUUUUGAUUUUUCUAUGUUAUUAUCUCCGAAAUUUUCAAGUUUUCUCGUCACCUCAUGAAAAUGUACUGCAUAGGUAGGGAAUGUCUCUGUUCCUGGGAGGUUUCCAUGAAUCCAAGUGGGAAAGGUCUAGUAAUUGGGAACCCAAUGCUGGAGGGAAUUUGUUUCAUCAAAUUCUCUGAGUCAUAUUUGUAAUGCUUCUCAACAAACAUAAUUUUCAAUACAUUUAUGGUAGUAUCAAGGCAGGCCUAACAUGGCUGACAUGAUUAUUUGUUUACCAGAGCUUAAUGGGCUGUCUUUCUUGUGAUAAUUCUGUUGGAAAUUAUGUCUAAAAAGAAAAUUUACGUAUCCUUUUAAGUUUCUAUUUUGACUAGAGGUUAGAUUCUAGGAGUUUGAAUGUAAAUGAUGAACCAUGGGACUUUGAGAACUGGUCAGGUGGCUCAGCAAGGAGAUCGGAGGCAGAAAAGUCCUUUUCCUUAUAUUGAUAUGCAUUCUAGUAGUGGACCUAGUUUCAGAAAUGAUAAUGUGUUGAUUUCUAAUGAAGAUGCUAAUCUUCACUCAAUAAGUCCAUGUGUUUGCUGGUGGUCUAAAUAAAUCCUUGACUCUUUCCUAGAAAUUAGAAGGGCCUUAUUGUAUGUUGGCUUAAUGAACUUUUUUUUUUAGUUGGGCCCCCCAUCUAACUACUCAUGAUAGCAAAACAUGGUAUGUUGCUUCUUUGGGAAUUUGAGACCUUUUGGCUAUCAUGAAUACUUAGAUAAGGAGACCAAAUAACUCCACAACAAAGUUUAUUAAGCCAACCUAACGUAUGAUAUAUACAACUCCGAGCAUGACAGCAAUGACAGCAAGGUGUUUCUUCAUUUUGAUGCUGUAUUGCUUCUUUGGGAAUUUGAGAACAUUUAGGCUAUUAGCCUUCUCAUCUUAGCUCUAAACAAAUUUUUAAUUGCUAUAAUUGAUUAUUAGUGUAAUAUGGUCCCAUUAAUCUCUAUAUGAAUUUUUUGAUGAUUGUUGUGUAGCCUUCUAAACAAGGGUUCACACGUGUCGAGGACAACAAGGUGGGAUCCUAACCAGUUUAAAAUGUUUUUAUGAGUGAUGCUACGUCUGGUGGAGUUCCAUUGAAACUAAGCCUCCAACAGCUUCUAGUUUGGAUGGAGCACCAGGAAGCCGAUCUAGCAAAUAGUACACUGUGAAUUGGCUUUCUUUAUGGGUGUCAGGAUUGGUUGGGUCUUCAGGCUGAGUUGUGAUUAUGCUCUUUGGAAAUAUUGUAAUUAGUCCUUUAAGGGUUAUAGUUCGUCCCUUAUUUGAAAAGACAUUUGGGUCUCUUGUUGUCUGUUCUGCAUAUGAAUCAAAGUUCCUGGUUGUAAGUUUUCUCCCUAUCCCCCGCCAUCUCAGUGCUUUAGUUCACCUUUCUGACUCAUCGACCCACCACUGUUUGAUAUGUGAGCUCUUGUUCCGGCUUCCCUGUUCAUGCUUUUAAGCUUUGCCAUCCCUCCUCUCUUACACUCCACCAUCAACGAUCCAUCUGCAGAUCUCCAGUGGCUGCAGCCCACCCAUUCUAUUGCUACCACCUUUUUUGUCUUGCAUACUUCUGUGGUCCAUUCCAACCGUUCUCACUUGUGCAAGGCUGUCAGAACCGUCCACAGCUGCCUGCUCCAGUUGUUGCCGGCCUCUAAUUUUCACAUUUCUGGAAAUCUGGCACCAUUUUGUUCUGCAGCAGGUUGCAGACUGCCUUUGAUCCUGGUCGCGCAGCAGCAGUUCCUGUUGCACCAAUGGUCAGUGCCCCUUGUUGCAUCCGGCAUAAGGGUCUUGUGUCAUAAUAUCUAUCAACCUCAUUGGCAUUGUGGUUUUGAGGAUUUGCUGAAAGCCCUUCCAUAUUGACACUGAUUACGGAGAGAAAAUAUUUGAGAAACUGUCAAAACUGGGCAUCUUGCGUGCCCGUUAUAGCACAUUUUACAUGAAGUCACCUUUCUUGAGUAAUGUUUAUUAGUUGAGUAAUGUGGAAUCUUUAGGAUUCUGUGAGGACGCACCUUGGACAGGUCAAUCUCUAGCAGCUAAGUUCCCAGUUUUAUUGGCCGUGGGAAGAAAAAGUAGAAAACAUUACAACAAGUGAAGACAUUGUUAUGUUAUUGAAGUUGGGAUUCCCAAGUAAGCCAGAUCAUUAUGAUUGCAGUAGAAACAGUUUCAGACAUCGGGAAUGUGAUGAAAUGACAAAUCAUGUAUAAAUCAGUGGGAACUGAAGGUGAAUGGUCUUUGGAUUUUGUUUCAUGAGACUUUGGAAGUAGUCACGCUGGUUUAUUGGGAGGAUAUGGUCGCUAACUUUUGAGGUAAGCAUAUCCAGCCUUGUAAGGAAUGCGUGGUUUGCAUUUUUGUCUCCUUUUUUUCUCUCCUUUGGAAAUUCUGUUGGAUUUAGAGGCCUCUAGUUAUUAGGGUUGUGAUCUCUUGAUUGCUAGUGAAGUAGUGAAGGUUCUUCUGCGUGAACGGCUGACAGAAACACAGGUAUUUCUGCUUCGUUUUUCCUGAAAGAGUUGAAGGGAGUUAUCCAGCACAAGGAGAUAUGGCUCCCUCAUGAAAGAAAAUGAAAUGCCCUUCCAAAGAUAGGCUGCCUCGAUUGGAAUCCUAUUCGGGACAGUGGUUUUCCGGAAAAUAAUGAAAAUAAUUAUUUUCCUCAGCUAUUGCGUCCAUCAAACCAUUAAAAGGUACCUCAGAGGAGGCAUUGAAUUGCCAGAAUGGCCUGUCCAUUAUAUCUCUAUCACGGAAUAACCUUUUUGAUAGCCUGAUGAUGAUGCCUUGGACGAGACUUAAACAUGAAAAAUGAUCAUCCGUCCAUGUACUUCCUGAAGGACUGCUGAGUAUUAGUCUAUAUGCAAUAGUGAAAAUUCGAAUGAAGAAGUCACUUAUAAGAAACUAGGAUUGAUGUGAUGAUGAGACCAAGAGUGGCCCUGACGAUAUGGAUGGCAAAGGGUGGGAGCCCCCUGAGAGCGAUUUUUAUGUGAAAUAUUUUGUCAGAAAAUAUCAUUGGAGUGGUGGAAAUUUAUAUUAGCCAUAGCUAUGACCUCUCAAGAAGACUCCGUAUACAUUACAUUGUCCCCAUGGCAUUGAAUCAAACUUGAGGAUCUUACAGUCUCAAAAAAAGUGGGCCUAUCUGUCAGAGGUUCACUUUUUAACAUUGGAGAUGUACCAAUCUCCUUUGGAAGAAUGCAUCGAUCCCUCCCCUCCUGAUACCCUGGAUGGUGUGGCAUGCAAAACAAGGCUACAGAUGGUAUAUGGUUUGCCAUUCUUGACCAAUGCUGGCCAAAGUCUAAGUAUGACUUGCGUAUUGCCCAUUGUCUAUCUAACUUAAUGUAGAAAGUGAUCGAAUGACCUGAUAGAAAUCUUAGUAAGAACAACUAUACCAUAGUUUAUUCUUCCUCCCCGCGUAAGUUACGCAUUCUGGAUAUUAUCCUUAAUGCUAUUCGAAACACCAUUCAUAAGGUGCCUCCCAGGAGAAAUUUUCCCAUGCAUACCUUGAUUUUAAAGGAAAUCGUUCCGCAUUUCUCCAUCUCUUUUGAAGGAAGUCAGGCUAAAGACACACUUCCCCUUGAUUGAACGACAAUACGGAGGAUAUUAAUAUCUUCUGAAAAGGAAUUUGUCACCUUUUCAAAGAGGUCCCAGUUUCGCCUUAGGCUCACACAGUUCAAAUGGCUCGAGGAGAGGAGAGUGUAAGAGAAGGAAAAGGAGCCAAGUUACUGGGCCAGAAGGUCCAUCGGUACAAGUAGGCAUUCAGGAUUGAUCGCCCCCACAUCUGAGGAUUCUGUUGCAGUGGAGGAAGAUUCCUGUCUUUGCUGAUUGGACUUUUUUUCCAUGCCAUUGCAGUGGAGGGGUCUAAAUACCCUAAAAUAUUUGGAUAAAUUUGUUUGCCUUGGUCAUCUGUAUUUUUCUCUUCUUUUUUAUCGUCAUUCUCUCAUCAUCCACUGAGGUUAUGGCCCUAGUGGCCAUUUGUCACCCAACGGUAUAAGAAAGAACUUUGAGGUUUGCUUCCUAGUUUCCAUUUUAAUCCCUUUUAACUUUACAUAUGUACAGGAAACCACCUUUAUAGAGCAGAUAGUUGAAGAUGAAAGUCAAAUGGAGGGCAUACCCCGUGGUUGCUCUUUGAUCAUGAAUUGGCACCUGCAUCUGGAGGCAAAAGAUCUUUUUUACCCUCGAGGAUGGAGACCUCUGAAGAACCUUGAGGUCGUUGUUCCUAUUACAUAA